GUACCGCGCCGCCUGCGUGUGUUGGAGGCCGCCGCUCUGUGGUGACGGGCGGGAGGCGGCCGUUAAACCGCCGCCCUCUCCCUCCGGUGCUACCCGCCGGCAUGAGCAGCGGCGCCCGGACCCGCAGUAGGAGGAGGCGGGUCGCUCGCCUCAGCCCGCCGACUUCUGCCAGCUCCGAGGGCGAGGAGCCCCUCAGUCCCUCCGGCUGCUCCCCGCUCUCCCCCGCGUCCCGCCCCAGCUCCCCGAGCGGCGAGGAGGAGGAGGAGGAGCGGGCGGCGGCCUGCCGGAGCCGGCGAGGCGAUAGGAAGGCUGAAGACUCUGAAAUAGCAGGGAGGAAAAAAGAGUCACCUUUGAAAGACAAUCUUUCACCGUGGGAAGAAUGGUUCAUUAGCAAAGAGAAGGAACUACGUGCCCGCUUACAAGCUAGAGCUGCAGAGGAAAUGAAUAUACAGCUUGAGAAGAUGAAGCAAAAGCAAGAAUGUGAAAGGAGGAAAAGGAUAGCUGAAGAAAAGCAUAAGGAAUGGGUACAAAAAAAAAGAGAAGAGGAAAGAAGGGAAAGGGAACGAAAGCUGAGCAAAGAAAUGGCAGAAAAAGCCACAAGGGAACUAGAAAAAAUGCAGUUACAAGAAAAGGCCGAAGUAAAGUAUAAAGAAUGGUUAAAGAAGAAGCGAGCUGAAGAGGCAGAAAAGAAGAAAAAAGAGAAGGAAAAAGAAAAAGAAAGGGAAGCUGAACUACAGGAGAAGAAAGAGAGAUCAGAGAAGAUCUUUAAGGAAUGGCUACAUAAUGCUAGAAAUAAACCACGCCCUGUUUUAAAUGGUUAUGGCUUUGCACAUGGGAAGUCUACAGGGCAUGCUGAUGGAAAUUCGUAUCCAGCUCCAGCAUAUUGUAACCCCAUUCCUUGGAAACCUGUACAUGUGCCUCCUCCAAAGGAAGACAGUGUUCUUACCACGAAGAAGAGUAAGAGACCUGUAUCUUGUCAGUCACAUGCCUCUUUGCCUAUAGUAAUUUAUAAGCCCAAGAACAACCCCUGUGUUGGAUCCUUGUGCAGAAAGCAGUUAUAGUACAGAAAACAAAACUAUUCCUAUGAUCUUGAGUGAACUGGGCCAUAAAUAUGAAGUUAUAGGUAGUUACAUGUCCAAAACAGGCUGCUUUUUUUUUUUAAACUUUUGUGACCAGGUUUUUUUAUUUACAGCUGACCAAUCAUCUUUUUUAUAUGAUUUUUUAUAUGUUGCAUUUCAGUAAAAAAACCCAAAACAGUCAUAUUUAGCCAAUUGUAAUGGGACUGUACCUCAAUACCAA